AUGGAGCACUUUGAUCCUCGUCGUGAGAUAGACAAAUACUCGCUUGAUCUGUCUACUUUUGACCUUAUAGAUGUGGGAAAAUUUCACAAUUUGAAAUGCUCGACUGUGUUUGAUUAUAUGUUCACAUGGCUGCUUCUAAUCCUUGGUGUGGUACUUCUAGGCGUGGAUAUUUACACUUGUCUCAACAUUCUUGUUUUUCACCGCUGGAGUUCCGACGACUAUAAACCCUAUGCAUACUCAAUUGCCAAAUGGAUAUUUACCGGGUGUAUUAUUUUCCAGUUUGUGCUUCUCUUGUACCACUGGAUAUGGGCCAUCCAUACUUAUAGGACCCGAAACAUAGCAUUGGCAUACGUGAACAAUAUUGCUCGUCACUUGUACACGAUUAAAUCUUACGACUAUCAUUGUCUUUUCAACCUGGUGGAACAUGACAAUUUCUUUGAUUGGGCAUGUUUUCUUGCAUACUUCGAGAUGGACUCAGCUUUGCAAAUUCUCGUCGCCGAUACUCCUCGUCAAGUAAUCAAUAUCUUGACCCUACGUUACUACGCUACCAACGAAAAUUCUUCAAAUGAUAUCAUUCAAAAUAUCAAGCAGAUCGCUACAUCUAACAUUCGGCUCUCGGUGAUCUUGUCGUUUAUGCUUCUUUCGGUGGCCAUUUGGUCCAUUUUCUUCUUUCGUUUCGUGUUUGGGAUGCUCUGCUACAUUCCAUGUUUGAUGAAAAUUCGCAAAAAGGGCCACACUAGACUCAAAAAAUACUGCUGUUCCGUUGUUAAUCUGCACGUUCGCCGGUUCGUCUACAAGCAUCACAAACCACGCAGCAAAUUACUUGAAGAAGGUAUUCUCGAUUUAAAGGAAAUCAAUGAAAAUCCUCUUCUCAACUCAGCGUCCACCACUGCCACAUUUGACUCGGCUUUCCAGUACAAACCCGAACCAGCCAAAACUUUCCAGCCAAUGGACCGUUCUUACGACACACUUCCACGCUACGGCUCAAGACAAAACACUUAUGAAUCGUUACCACUCCAGAACAUGCCAAAUAUGCAACGCCGUAGACCACCAUAUGAUCCAUUUGGCGACGAGAACAAGAUUUCGAGCAAAGCACAUUUGAUGCACCAGGAUCCUUUCGGCGAUCCUAAACUUGAAGAUAAUGAUAUGAGCGACACAGAAAACGUAUACGAGCUCUAUAGAGGUGUGGAAGUCGAGCCACCUAUGCAUAAACGGUAUAAUGGAUUUGAUCCACCACCCAGAACUGGUUCAGCUUCUUCGCUCACAUUUUCUACAACAGGACCUUUUGAGCCAGUAUCACAAACCCAUACUGACCCGGUUGCACCGCCAGCUUCCACUCCGUCUAUUUCUGGGCCUAUAACUCGAACGGGGACAGCACCAUAUCCACCAGAAGAAACAAGCUCUUUGUUGGGAGAGACAUCGGAAAGUGACUUGCAUUCUAGGGAACUGGAACCAAUGGAACUGGAACCGGAACCGAAACCAAGGGAAGCCCCAUACCCCAUACGCGAGUCGUACGCUCUCCCAAGAACCUCUGACGAAUACUACAACAGGUAG